AUGGUGGCCAUACGAUGGAGCGAGCUAGCUGCUCGUGCAGUCUUUUACCUCUCGACUAAUCCAACAUCACAUGCCGAUCGUGUCCUGCAGGCAGCCAAGGCUCUUCAAGGCUGGUACCACGGGCCAUCGGGCCUCUGGACUACGACCGGGUGGUGGAACAGCGCCAAUUGCUUAACAGUUCUGGCUGACUGGGCAUUGCACGUCGGAUCGAACACGGGGGAUGUGAAUGUGCCCCAGAUUAUCGCGACGACGUUCGAGAAUGCGCAAAAGACGCAUUUCACGGCGCGAAAGAUCCUCUACGGGGAUGGCCUGAUGCAGUCGACAUAUACAUAUGACCCGGUGGCAAAGCGGGGCUUUUCCGAAUUUCUCAACGAGUUCUAUGACGACGAAGGGUGGUGGGCACUCGCACUUAUCCGGUCGUGGGACGUGACGAAGGAGAACGCCUAUCUCGACAUGGCGGUGCGUAUCUUUGCUGAUAUGCAGAACGGCACCGAUACUGUCUGCGGAGGGGGGAUUUGGUGGAGCAAGGAAAAGAAAUAUAAGAAUGCCAUCUCCAACGAACUGUAUCUGAGUGUGGCAGCCAGCCUGGCCAACCGGAUCCCAAAUAACAAGGACCAUUUUCUCAAGAUCGCGAAGGAUCAAUGGACGUGGUUCAAGAACAGUGGCAUGAUUAACGGCAACAGCCUCAUCAACGAUGGGCUACGCAUCCAGGAGGACGGGAAGUGCGUCAACAACGGCCUGCCGACAUGGUCCUACAACCAGGGUGUCAUUCUUGGUGGCUUGGUUGAGCUGUUCCAUGCGACAGCUGACACCUCAUAUCUCGCCGAUGCCGUCGCCAUCGCCACCGCCGCCAUCACUAAGCUCAGCGACAACACCGGCAUCAUCCACGAGGUUGACCGGUGUGAGCCCAACUGUGGCAAUGAUGGACCACAGUUCAAGGGCAUCUUCAUGCGCAACCUGCAGUACCUAACGCGCGUCGUUCCAAACCCCGUCUUCCAGGGAGUCAUCCGCAGGAACGCGCACUCCAUCUGGACGAACGACCGGAACGAGCAAAACCAGCUAGGCAUCAAGUGGACCGGACCGCCGGACUUAGGGAAGGGCCCGACAGCGGCAACACACAGCUCAGCAAUGGACGUGCUCGUUGGCGCACUGGCUAUUUCGGGGCUUUAA